AAGCAAUUCUUUGAUCUCAUCUAGUUGCAGACAAGAUGGUCUGGUAACGUUGGGAGCGACGACUCAAACUCAAUUCGGUUAUCAGCAGCCUUUUGAUAGCUGAAACCAGGCUUUCUUCCCAGAGACGAAUUCGACUGAUAUCAGACCGUCCGCACUUCCCAGAGGACUGUAAUAUAUAAAGACCUAUUUCUGUUCUUUGAUUAUAUCUCACUUCUUGUUUUAUAUUACUUGCUGAAGUUAUCGAGUGAGCUGUCUUAUUAUAUACAAGGACAAUGCCUUCUCGCGAUAAUAUUCAUGUUAUUGUGGCGCGAUAUCUUCGCGAUAACGCCUACAACUCCACGCUCGAGGCGUUUAAGGAAGAGCUGGGCCUUGAGGAUGAUAUGAUUCCGAUUCCGUCUGAUCACUCGAUGACGUUGGAGAGUAUCAUCGAACAGAAGCGUCUGUAUGACCUAGCGAUGGGUAUUCAGGAGCUGGAUAUCAAGGCGGACACCCAGAACCAAUGGGUUGUUCCUUCUCCUACGUUCAAGUCUGUUCUUCCUGACCAGUUAUCCAACAUUCUGUUUGUGUCGGUUGCGAAUUUGAGUAUGCCGACGUCGAUCGAUGACCCUUCGGCCGGGACCUCGGUCAGACCAUGCAUCUUGGUGACGGAGGCCGACCGCUCGCUGAGAAUAUUCGACUUUUAUACCUUUGAUCCGCUGAAGGUCUACACUCAUUUACACUCGUCGCCGAUUCUGACGCUCGAGGUGUUGGACGAGAACACAAUUAUGACAGGUGGUAUGGACGGACGACUUGUGGUGUCGAAACCGGCUACGGGCGAAAUCACUGCCGAGCAGAAGGACCACUUCAAGUACCUGGUCAAGAUUGCGAUUUCAAAGGACCAGAAAUACGUCGCGACUGUCGGGUACGAUAAGAAAGUGCAUGUCUACACUAUUGAAAGGUCCGAGACCGAGCCGCCAAAGUUCAACAAGAUCGGAUCGCUAUCGUUCCCCACAAACCCCGAGGCCGCGGCGUUCACGUACCAGGACGGCGACGAUGAGAUCCCGAAGCUGGUCAUCUCGCGUCGCGACUCCACGUUUUUGUAUUACUACAAGCUGCAGCCGAACCUGAUUGAGUUUGCGCGGCAUAACCUGAACCCGGAGAGUAACUCGUGGGUCUCGUUCUGCGCGAUGGAUAUCGCGCUCGAUCCGACCGAGCAAAAGUACUUGGGUGUCGCGACCUCGAGUAUCCCGCAUAUGCGGUUUAUGAUGCUCGAGUCUGGUAAUGAUGCAAUUUUGAAGAAUUCGUUCACCCGCGCACCGCAGGAUGCCUACUCGACGAGCAGAAUUACCUGGAGACCCGAAGGCUCUGGUAUCUGGUGCAACGGAGACGACGGACUGAUCAGAGGCGUUGAGGUCUCGACCGGCGCGGUUGUCGCUGAAUUGAAGCACCAUCAAGGAAAGGUGAAGGCUAUCUAUGCCGGCAAGGUCGAUGGCAAGGAGGUCGUUGUUACCGGUGGAUUCGACAAGACAGUUGCUGUCUGGGAGGUCGAGAAGAGAUAAUCAAGAGACUUCCGAGAUUAUAGAAGACGAUGUAGUUAUAUAGAGAGAUGAAUGUAAAUACUACGAAAAAAAGAUAAUA